GCGCGCCGCGAGCGCACGCGAGUGAGUGAGUGAGUGCCAGUGGGGCCAAGCCCAGCCUUCUAACAAUACUCAACGGAAAAAUUGAACCCCAGAUGGGAGUUUACGAGGACAGGGGAGCGAUGCACUGGCAGCAACAGAACGAUCGGUACCUGUCAUCGUACGAGGGCGGCGGGUCCCUGUCGCCGGCGGCGCCGGCCGCGUCGCCGGGCUCCCCGCGCGACUGCACGUCGUGCCGCAAACGCGAGCCGCCGGACGAGCCCCCGCCAGACGACUGCGCCGGCUGCGGCGCGCGCAUUACCGACCGCUACUACCUGCUGGCGCUCGAGCGCCGCUGGCACACCCCCUGCCUGCGCUGCUGCGAGUGCAAAAUGCCGCUCGACUCCGAGCAGCGCUGCUACGCGAGAGACAGCAAUAUAUUCUGCAAGAACGAUUAUUUCAGAUUGUAUGGUUCAAAACGCUGCGCCCGCUGCAACACGCCCAUCUCAGCCUCGGAGUUGGUCAUGAGGGCCCGGGACCUGGUGUUCCACGUUCCCUGCUUUUCCUGCGCGCUCUGCAGCACACUCCUCACCAAAGGAGACACCUUCGGCAUCAGGGACUCGGCGGUCUACUGCAGGUUACACUACGAGACGAUGCCGGAGUACGGCCCCCACCUGGCGGUGCCCGGGCCCCCGCAGCUCUGCCCGGGGCCCUACGUGCCCCCCGCCCACUACCCCCCCUACCCCUCCCCCGAGUUCCGAGGCGGUGAGGAUAAGGGGUUCUUCAACGGUGUCGCCGCGCCGCCGCCUAGACAGAAAGGAAGGCCGCGGAAGAAAAAGCCGAAGGACCAGGAUAUUAUGACCGCGAAUCUUGAUCUGAACCCCGAAUACUUGGAGAUGGGCUUCCGCGGCGGCGGCAGCCUGGGCUCCACGUCGCGCACCAAACGCAUGCGCACUAGCUUCAAGCACCACCAGCUGCGCACCAUGAAGUCCUACUUUGCGAUCAACCACAACCCUGAUGCGAAGGACCUCAAGCAGCUCAGCCAGAAGACGGGGCUGCCGAAGAGGGUGCUACAGGUCUGGUUCCAAAACGCGCGGGCGAAAUGGCGGCGGAUGGUCACCAAGCAGGAGAGCAAGAUGGCCGACAAGUGCUCGCCCGACGCCUCGCUCGAGAUGGACAUGUACCACGGGCCCAUGGGCUCCAUCCAGUCCCUGCCGCCCCACAGCCCCCCCUACAGCGUCAUGGGCGGCCCCCCCAGCCCAAACUCUAUGGAUUGUCCAUAGCCACAGUUUUGCGCUUUGUGAGCGCACUAGUGAAUGUGAGACACUGUCUGUGAGUGACCAAG